AUGCAUAUUAUUUGGAAUUUUCUUCUUAUUGUUUUAAUAGUAAAUUAUUCUUAUGGAAAAUAUACAGUUAGAUGGGUUACAACAAAUGAUCAGACAUUUAUAGAUGAAUGUUUGAAAAAAUCUCUUCGAUGUAUGAAUCGUGAUGAAGAUAUAAAUACUUUUAAAUCAAAAUUAACAAAUAUUAUUUGUAAAAAACGAUUUUUAAAUGGAUAUACUAUUAAAUUGUAUUUUGAACUUGAAGAAAAAAUAUGGAAAUGUUUACUUUAUAAACCACCUAUUGAGACACUUGAUAUAAAAUGUGAGAAAUGUACACAAGAAUUAGACGAUGAUUCACUUGAAGAAAUUAAAGCAAUAAAAUCUAAUAAUAUUAUUCAAGAACAAUCACAAGUAAAUAAUGACAAUAAUAUUGACGAAAAUGAUGAUGAAACUAAAAUUGAUGAACUUAAUCAAAAAGCACAAGAAAAAGUAACAAAUAAUGAUGGAACUGAAAUUGAUAACAAUAAUCAUCAAAUACCUAAUGAAAAUAUAGAUAAUCAACAAGGUAUUGAACAAAAUGUAGAUACGAAUGAAAAAAUUAAUGAUGGACAAGUUGAAAAUGAAAAUCUGAAUAAAGAUGAAACAAAUCUUGAUACAAACAAUGCUGAACAAAAGACAAAUGAUGAUGAUGAUGAUGAAGUGUCUAAUAAAGAUUUAGAUAAUGAAAACAUAAAUGUUCGAGAUAAUGACCAACAGGAACAGCCAGACAAUAUCAAUAAUCAAGAAACAAUACUUGAUCAAAAUGAAAAUAAUGAUGCAGAACAAAACCAGUGA